UUAACUUUUGCUCUCUUCUUUUUGUGAGAGCAGCCAAUGAUAUCUCUGUAGGCAUCGCUGGUAGAGCAGCUGCACAUCCUGUUCAGAACAAUAGCAUCUGAUGUUCAGAUUGAGGCUACAGCUCCAGAGCUCGUUGUAACCAGAAAUGGAGGUCUUCACCCCUUUUGUGGUCCUUCUUCUAAGCCACAGUCAAGGAUUUGCCUUCAAAAUCACUCAACUGCAGACUGUAGAAGCACUAGAUGGAAGCAAUGUGGUCUUACCAUGCAGCGUUUCUAGUGAGACUCCCCUGGGUCCUGUGAAAUGGUACAAGAAGACAGGCAGUGAGCGUCAGCACUUUUUCUCUGCUGUCUCCAGGGAAAAUGAAAAGAGUGACCCUCGGGUGACCUGGGCAGUGGAGAACUCACCUCUCACCUUCAGCAUCAAAGUUGCAAAAGUCAGAGUCAGCGAUACAGGAGACUAUUCCUGUGAGAAAUACAAAAAGGGAGUGGACCAGAAAGCACAUGCCACAGGAGGAUGGACAGCCCUCAUUGUAAGAGAAAAUCCCCAAAUGCCUGGGCCUACACAGUCAACAAAAAAGAAUGGAGAUGGUCAAACAAAGAAGGAUGCAACAGCAAAUUUAGCAGAUGUCUCAAGUGAUUUUGGUUUCUUGCUUGAAUUCCCCUACCUGUGGAUCAUCAUAGGCGGAGGGUUCGCUCUUCUCCUUACUGUCAUUGGAAUCAUCACGUGGGUUUUGUGCAGAAGACUUAAAGCAAGGAAGAGAGCAGCUAGAAACAGAGGUCCUGCUCACUCAAGACCGGGUAUAAAUAUGCAUCACAAAUCCUGCAUCCACGCUAAUCAGCAACCCCAGAAUCAGCCCCUUCAGAAUCAGCCACCUCAGAGCCACAGCAUGACACGCGCUCAAGGAGAGGCACGUAAGCCAUUGAGAAAAAGCCGAGCGUGAAGAUGAAUCUUUACACAGUAAACCAAAGGUGAAGAUGAAGAGAAACUGAGAACCUGAAGUGCUGUGCAUGACAAGCAAUGGGGCGCUAUCCCAUUGGGGUUCAAAUUCCUUUUCUAUAUUAGACAUGCCUCUGUCUCUGAGAUAUUUCUUUAAUAUUUUAUGUCAAUAUUGCAUUUAAUUGUGCUUUUUAAUAUAUUAUAACUAUAAAUAGGAUGAAAGGGGUGAAUUGAAAGUUAAUAUGCAGAUGUACCUACCUGCAGUUUCAGUUGAUGUCAGUAUGGGGGGCUGUUGUUUCAAUCUGUGAUACACUUGAUAAACUGCAGGAUAUUAGCAGUGGGCAUGAAUGUGCAAUCACGUCCAUCGAUAUGCGAUUUUUGUAUAAUAAACUUAUAGCAGAAUUGAA